UCUAUGGAAACGGCUCCUUUCACGCAGUCAUUAGCACGAUGGCGGCUGGGGAACCCGGGGACUUGGGUGGCUACUACUUCAGGUUCCUGCCUCAGAAGACCUUCCCAUCUCUGAGCGCCCCAGACAUCACCAGCCGGCUCCGCCAGUGGUCCAUGCUGGGCAGAAUCAAGGCCCAGGCCUUCGGGUUUGACCAGACCUUUCAAGCCUAUCGGAAGGAUGAUUUCGUUAUGGCUUUUUUCAAAGACCCAAAUGUUAUUCCAAAUUUGCAGUUACUUUCAGAUUCUUCUGGACAGUGGAUUACAUUAGGAACUGAAGUGAAAAAAAUUGAAGCUAUAAAUGUUCCUUGCACACAGCUUUCAAUGUCAUUUUUUAAUCGGUUAUAUGAUGAAGAUAUUGUACGAGACAAUGGUCAUAUUGUUAAGUGUUUAGAUUCUUUUUGUGAUCCAUUUCUCAUUUCUGAUGAGUUACGAAAAGUUUUGCUAGUGGAAGACUCUGAAAAAUAUGAAGUAUUCAGGCAACCAGACAGAGAAGAGUUCCUGUUUUGUCUUUUUAAACAUCUUUGCCUUGGUGGAUCCCUUUGUCAGUAUGAAGAUGUGCUUAAACCAUACCUGGAAACAACAAAACUUAUCUAUAAGGAUCUGGUGAGUGUUCGAAAGCAUCCUCAAACCAAGAAAAUACAAAUUACUUCUUCUAUCUUUAAAGUCACAGCCUAUGAUUCUACUGGUGUGUGCUACCCUUCAACAAAGAACCAUGAACAGACAUUUUCUUAUUUUAUUGUGGAUCCUAUCAAGCGUCAUGUUAAUGUUUUAUACCAUUGUUAUGGUGUAGGGGAAAUGUCUUAAAUAGGUUUUCAGAUUGCCUUUCUAUUAUUUUUAACUUAAUAUUUUUCUCUUUCAAUACUAAUUUAUAGAUAUUUACUUUGCAUAAUAAUUCAAGUAAAAUGUUGAAUUUGCUUAGAACAGAAGAAAGCAAACACCAAGAUGCCUUUCUCUGAAUUUGUCUGGCACACUCACACAGGAAUCCCUAAUAUAAUCUAUGCAAAACAGUUGUGGAACUUUUAUAGAAAGUUACAAGGAACUAAAUAUCUAGUUCAUAUUUGCUGCAUUUAGAUUCAAGUGAGAAGAUUUUCCAUGCAUUUUAUUUUAGAAACUAAUUCUGGAUUGGAAUUGUAGCAGGAAACUAAACAUCUCUACCACCAAUUAUUUAUAUGAAGCUCUCCUUUCCAACUUGCAUUUAAUUUGGUUUACAUUUUUUUCAUUGCAUUUAUGUAUCUAGAAUUAGGAAAAGCAUAGUAAUAUUUUUACUUCAUUUGUUCUACUUUAAAGUCCUCAAUUCAAAAAAUAAUGUUCUGGGCUGGGGAUGUGGCUCAAGUGGUAGCGCGCUCGCCUGGCAUGCGUGCGGCUCUGGUUCGAUCCUCAGCACCACGUACAAACAAAGAUGUUGUGUCUGCCAAAAA